UGAUUAGCGCUGGGUGCGGGGAUUCGGCGGCCGGGAGGGAGUCGUCGGAGCCGCAGCGGCCGCGGACGGACGCCCGCCUGCGGGCUGAGGAGAAAGAAGCACCUAACAAGACACAGUAAUAACAAGGAUUAUUCAGUAUGCAGUUUGCAGGGUGUCCAUGGCAACAUUGAAAAUGAAUUCCUUAUUUUCACCAGAUAUUCUUAUAUGAGAAGAUCCAUUUCAAACAGUCUAAAUAUUGUUUCUUCUGUCGGACCAGCAUGGCAGGAUUCAAGCGAGGGUAUGAUGGAAAGAUUGCUGGAUUAUAUGAUCUGGAUAAAACCUUGGGUCGAGGUCACUUUGCAGUGGUUAAACUUGCCAGGCAUGUCUUUACAGGUGAAAAAGUGGCAGUCAAAGUUAUUGACAAGACAAAAUUGGACACACUAGCUACUGGUCAUCUUUUCCAAGAAGUGAGGUGCAUGAAACUAGUGCAGCACCCCAACAUUGUUCGCCUCUAUGAAGUUAUUGACACCCAGACCAAACUAUACCUUAUCCUAGAACUUGGGGAUGGAGGAGAUAUGUUCGAUUACAUCAUGAAACACGAGGAAGGACUUAAUGAAGAGUUAGCCAAGAAGUACUUUGCUCAGAUAGUUCAUGCUAUAUCUUACUGCCAUAAACUCCAUGUGGUUCACAGAGACUUAAAACCAGAGAAUGUAGUCUUCUUUGAAAAACAAGGUCUUGUCAAGUUGACAGACUUUGGUUUCAGCAACAAAUUUCAACCAGGGAAGAAACUCACUACGAGCUGUGGAUCUCUUGCAUAUUCUGCUCCAGAAAUUCUGCUUGGUGAUGAGUAUGACGCACCCGCAGUAGAUAUAUGGAGUCUGGGAGUGAUCCUUUUCAUGUUGGUGUGUGGGCAGCCACCCUUUCAAGAGGCCAACGACAGUGAAACAUUGACAAUGAUCAUGGAUUGUAAAUACACAGUACCAUCCCAUGUGUCUAAAGAGUGUAAAGACCUGAUCACACGGAUGCUCCAGAGAGAUCCCAAGAGAAGGGCGUCUUUAGAAGAGAUUGAAAACCAUCCUUGGCUUCAGGGAGUGGACCCUUCCCCAGCCACAAAGUACAACAUCCCCCUGGUGUCCUACAAGAACCUUUCGGAAGAGGAGCACAACAGCAUCAUUCAGCGCAUGGUGCUCGGGGACAUAGCGGAUCGAGACGCCAUUGUGGAAGCCCUGGAAACCAACAGAUACAACCACAUCACAGCCACUUACUUCCUGCUGGCUGAAAGGAUCCUGAGGGAAAAGCAAGAGAAAGAAAUACAGACCAGGUCUGCAAGCCCCAGCAAUAUCAAGGCCCAGUUUAGGCAGUCGUGGCCGACCAAGAUUGACGUCCCGCAGGACCUUGAGGACGACCUCACGGCCACGCCUCUGUCCCAUGCGACCGUCCCUCAGCCUCCUGCCCGGGCGGCCGACAGCGUCCUCAACGGCCACAGGAGCAAAGGCCUCUGCGACGCGGCCAAGAAAGACGAGCUCCCCGAGCUGGCGGGCCCCGCCCUCGCCGCCGUGCCGCCCGCCAGCCUGAAACCCGCGGCCAGCGGGCGGAAGUGCCUGUUCCGAGUGGAGGAGGACGAAGAGGAGGACGAGGAGGACAAGAAGCCCGUGUCCCUCUCCACGCAGGUGGUGCUGCGCCGGAAGCCGUCCGUGACCAACCGCCUGACGUCGAGGAAGAGCGCGCCGGUCCUCAACCAGAUCUUCGAGGAGGGCGAGUCGGACGACGAGUUCGACAUGGAUGAGAACCUGCCCCCCAAGCUGAGCAGGCUGAAGAUGAACAUCGCCUCCCCGGGCACCGUUCACAAGCGCUACCACCGCCGGAAAAGCCAGGGCCGCGGGUCCAGCUGCAGCAGCUCGGAGACCAGCGACGACGACUCCGAGAGCCGCCGGCGGCUCGACAAGGACAGCGGCUUCACCUACUCCUGGCACCGCCGGGACAGCAGCGAGGGGCCGCCGGGCAGCGAGGGCGACGGCGGGGGCCAGAGCAAGCCGAGCAACGGCGGCGGCGGCGCGGACAAGGCCAGCCCCGGCGAGAACGGCGCGGGCGGCGGCAGCCCCGCGGGCGGCUCGGGCGGCGCCCCCGGCGGCACGUCGGGCAGCGCGCGCCGCUGCGCCGGCCCCGCCAACUCCACGCAGCUGGCGGCGCGCGGCGCGGGCGAGCUGGUGCAGAGCCUGAAACUCAUGGGCCUCUGCCUGGGCUCGCAGCUCCACGGGGGCGCCAAGUACAUUAUCGACCCCCAGAGCGGCCUGUCGUUCUCCAGCGUGAAGGUCCAGGAGAAGUCCUCGUGGAAAAUGUGCAUCCACUCCUCGGGGAACGCGGGCCCUGCCCCGGCGCUCGGCGGCAUCAAGUUUUUCUCCGACCACGUGGCAGACAGCACCGCUGACUUAGAACGGAUAAAGAGCAAGAACCUGAAAAAUAACGUGCUCCAGCUACCUCUGUGUGAAAAGACCAUCUCUGUGAACAUCCAGCGGAACCCUAAGGAGGGGCUGCUGUGCGCCUCCAGCCCCGCCAGCUGCUGCCACGUCAUCUGACCGCGGCCCGGCCUGGCCGCCAGCGCGCCUCCUGCUCAGAGCGGUGCAGACCGGCUCCCUUCACUGUUUCCUUUCUGGUUUUACUAUUUUAAAAGCGGGCAAUUAUUUAUUACUUUGUCAUUUGUUCGCCUGGCGAUGUGACAAUGCAUGGUUUUUGUGCAUGCUGCUGCUAGAUACUACUUUUCCUGCCGAAAAGUCUAUUGUGUAAUUUUUACAUUCAUCAGUUUAAUGUGGAUGAUCAGGCUGAAAUUAAAAUGUGUAUUUGGAACCUAAUAGAAAUGGAGCACUUAGAAAUUUGAUGUUCUGCACUUAACCUAGAGAGGAAAAAUGCUUUUGUUUCCUUGUGAAAAAUCUAAAUUCCUGUCCUGACCUUCUGUGAUAUGGAAACUCGUGCUCUGAGGCACACUCGGUGGUGUCUGAGACAGAACCAAAGCAAUAACGUGGUGAUGCCCACAGGCCUGGAGCCGGCGACGCGCCUGCCUGCCUUCCAAGGCCUGUGCGGAGCAGACAGCCAGCGUCUGCACUAGAACCUUAAAACCGUGAUUUCAACAUACCCACACCUGUUUGUCUUAAGCUAUAGUGUGAAAAAAAGUUCGGGCGCUUAAAAUUUAACUGAAAAAGAUUUUCUUGUUUUGUAAUAGAUGAGAUGAAGUACUUAGAUCUAUAAGGCAGCUUCCCCUGUAGUGAUAAAUUACAAGCAGACAAUCUUAUUUUGUAAUGUGAUAAAGUGAACUGAUGGUGUCUUAACUCUACUUAGUGUGUGUCUGUUUAACAGAACACAGAGAUGCUCCGUGUAAAUUCCUUCCGGGAGGGCACAGCCCAGGGUUUCCUUUAAAACCAUGUAGACAGAAGAAACUAGGGCCUAAUAUGAAACAAAGGUACACAGGUUGGCAAAGUAAAAACCCCAUAAAUUUAAACAAUCCAUAUACGUAUAUGGAUUUGAUUUUUAAGAGUUUGGUAAUUAGGUUAACUCUUGUUAUUUCCAUUUUACAUCCUUUAGCUCAAUUAGCUCUGAAAAUUGGUUGAUCAAAAAAUAUACAUAAAAGGGUAAAAUUCACACAGCAAAUAAAAAUGCACAAAGCCUGCUUUGUUUUUUGUUAUUUUUUGUUGGGUGGUUUUUUGUUUUUUUGCUGGAAGUGUUUGUCACUUUGCCUUCCUGCCAAAACAAUAAUCAAAGAACUCUUGCUUUAAACUAUUCCUGUACAAAGACUACUUUUGACCAGAUAAUCAUAUUUGUGGCAAUUUCUCUGUAGGACCCCGUAUAUUGCAGACUGCUGAUUUUGGAAGGGGCCAGAUGCUACUUUUUCAUGCUGUGCCCUGGGGGUCUUAUAAGCAAUGCUUAGUGACAUUGGUGAUAGGAUGUGGCUGGGCCCUGGGGGCCCUCCCACACUCAUCAGCCUCCAGUAAUGUCUCUGAAAUGACAGUCACCUGGUCUGUAGGGUGGGCAGAGCACCAAAGCAUGGCAUUCCAUUGGUCAUGGUUUCUCCAAGUACACACUGAUCUUGCUACUUUAGGAUUCAUAUAUUUUACUCAGAUCUCUGAAUUUCACUGUAUACUUACUAAGCUAAGUAAAAAUAAUACUUAAAAUACUUAUUUUACUUUCUAGACCUAGGCUAGAUACGUUUUAAGCUACAGCUCUAGUUCAUUGUGAUAUUUAUAAUUGAAAGCUACGAGAAUAGACGUGUGGGUGAAGCCAUAGAACAUAUUUGCUUGAAAUUCUUGAGCAGGGAUCUUAUAAAGGGCCAGAAAUAAGAUGUGUGGUUCACACGGAUAGUGAGCGUAACAUCUGUAUUAAACGUGGGAGAGAAGUUUAUAAAGGGCAUUGGCAAUAAACUCUUUGUUGCAGCUGUUUUCCAAGUAAUGUAAAUACUUUUUCCUGUGAUUAUGUAUAGCCUUGGAAUGGCACCUUUUAACUAACCCAUAUGUGUUUGGUUUUCAAUGGUUUUUUUAUAUUCAGAUGUAUAUAUGGUGCUCACUUUAGGAUCAGCAGUGUUGACCAUUUAUGCUGCAUAGCUGUAUUAUAGCCUUAUUAGUUGUGUGUGGUUGGUUGGCCCUCUGGGUAGACAAAUGUUAGUCUGAGUGGCGUCUUCCUUAUUUGUUCAUAAGUGAAUGAUUGUGCAUGUGUUGUAUGUCAUAGUAUGUCGUCACAUAAAAGGGAGGGAGCGAAUAACCAUUACAUUAUGAUAAUAUUGGACCAAACUACUUACUUGCUCUAAAGAGUUUCUUGUACCCCUUAACCUCUCUUCAGAAGUUGCAUAGAGUUAACAGUAGUGUGUAAAUUAAAUAUUGUGGAAAAACAAUUAGUCUUGUAUUUUUCUGUAUGUGUGUGUGUGUGUGUGUGUGUAUAUAUAUAUAUAUAUACAUAUACAUAUAUAUAUACACACACAUAUCUGUGUGUGUGUAUAUAUGAAAUUAUGUACUUAUGACAAUUCUAUCUGUAUUUAAAGAUGUGACAAUCUUGACACCUAUUUUAAGAAUAGUCGUGAGACUGAGUCAAAUUAAAGAUUAUUUCUACCAAGUAAGAAUUGAUGUGUGUUAAGAGGGUACAGAAUUAUCAGCUGAUUUGGUCAGUUGCUUCCACUGCUGAUUGAUUUUCCUCACUGUGUAAACAUUGACAGGUAUGUGACAAAUGGGAAAAAAAUCCAAAUAAUAAAGUGGCAUAUUGGUGUUCAGCAAUAUAAA